AUGACAAGUGUCGUCCUAGAGAUCGCCGUCUUUUCAAAAAUAUCGCAUAUUGCAGUCACACCCUUUCCCUCCACUUGCAUAAACCAGAAACUAAACGAUUGCACUGAAAGCACUAAUGUGAUUGACUGGCUACUAAGUGAAGGAGACCCCACGUUUUUAGAGGAGCUUUCUAAUUUCAAGGAGGAUUCAAGCCCUAUUGCCUGGGAUUGUUCAGUUUGGAUACGUACUUAUGCAUUGUUUCUUGAGGAACGACUUGAAAGCUUCAGAGGUACAGUAGAUCAAGGAAUUAGAUGGUGAAGUGCUUUUGGUAUAGUUGCCAGUUUUGCAGCAGCGACAUUAAUUAUCGCCCCCAUCACAAGUGGCAAUUGUGAAAACAGAUGGAUCAAUCAGUAACACCUAAUUGUUCACAGCAAGGCUCUGCAGGUUCACAUUAUAAUGUGGCCUUAAAUGUUAUUUUGUAGCAUAUUAUCUGAAUCCAGACGUGGGGUCAUAUAUUUUAGUUCCUUUUCCAAGCUAAACAAACAUCAUUCAUUUUAGUUUUUAUUCCAAGCUUAACAAACAUCAUUUUAUUUUCAUAAGUUCAGCU